UUAAUAGUUUGUGACUAUAAUAUAAAGAGUACUUUUGCAGACAGAAUGUUUUAUUCAAAAUCGAUUUUCAUAUGCUUUUUUUCUUUUGCAAUUCAAUUCUUGCUUGGGACCAUGUAAUGUUUAUUCAGCGAAACAAUGCUACGGUUCCAUUCAGUAACCUGAUGCUAGGUAGUUUAAUAUCACGCUUCUAUAAAAUGGUGUCGUUCCUAACAAAUAACAUCAGUAAAUACCAUGCAAAGUUGCAGUAUUUAAGACAUUUGAAUUGUAAAAAUCAUAACAAAUUAUUCAUGGAGAAAAAACCCAUGCCCAUUCUAUAUGUCGAUGAAGCUUCUCCGCCUGCGCGAUUUGUAAUGAUGACAGCAUAUUUAUUAAAUAUUGAAUUAGAUAUACGGAAAAUCAAUUUAUUUGCAGGAGAACAUAAAGAUAUAUCUUAUGCAAAAAUAAAUAAUCUACAAAAAGUACCAACGUUAAUCGUGGACGAUAACGCAAUUCUCGACAGCCAUGCUGCAGCCAUAUAUUUAUGCCAGCAAGUAACAAGUCAGGAGCUGUAUCCAAAAGAUAAUAUUUUUUCACAAGCAAAGGUCAACGAAUUACUAUUUUUUAACUCUGGUACACUGUUUCGAUUGGACAGUGAAAUUAUGUCCAGUUAUUUCGCUGGAAAGUGGCCUGUAGCGAAGUCCAAAAUUGAGGAAUGGUAUAACGCUCUUGAUUAUAUAGAAUCAAAGUUGAAUGCAAAUACUUGGUUAACUUGUGAUAAGAUGUACCUAUGUGAUCUCUGUGUUAUGCAGACUAUAUCUUCGCUGCUUGAAAUACUACCACUUUUAGAUCACCACAAAAAGAUUAAGUCUUGGUUAAACGAAUUUGAGAAAUUACAAUGUAUUGAUAUUAAUAAACGUGGAUUAGCGAGACUAAAAUAUUACGUUGAGUUGUAUAAACCAACAAACAUUAUUGUACCCACUUAAGAACAAAAUUUAAAUGUGUGUGGUUUUAAUUUGUAAUCUAUUUUGUCAAAAUUAAAUAACUUAUGCGUUAAAGUAUUAAAAUGUACGUAUCUAUGAUUUACAUUAGUGGCUUCAAAACAAGCCUGAUCGCACCUAUAGAAAGCUAAAUAUUUGUUGAAUAAUGUUGAUUUUUUCUGGCAUUAACAGUAUAAAAUUAAAAGUUGUUUUGAGUGGCAAUCGCUGCUUAGGAAAAUUUGGUUAAAAAUAUAUUUUAAAUGAGUACAAGAGGUGGUUACGUAUCUUUUGUGGUAUAAUUAAUUUCAUAUUUGUAAAUGAAACCACGCUAACAUUAUAAGUUUUGGCGUUUUAUUUCUUACCAAAAUAUUCGUAGAAUAUAUUUUUGCAUGAGCUAGGAUUAUAAGGUAUAUUAAUGUAAAGUACGACAGUAUGCGAUCUUUUGUCGGUUAUAUCAUAUUAUAUGACGAUAUUUCAUUCAGCAAACAUAAUCGAAGCAUCGAAUAUGAAAUAAUUGCCAUCACCAAAAACUGCAAGAAGAUGUGUAAUCACUACUUUAUUUAAAGGAACUGUAAACACUCAAUUCUUUAGUCCAUGGAGUCUAUUGAUU